CCAAAAAAGCAAAGCUCUCCCUCUGUCGAGCCCUCGCGACGUAUCAUUUCAUUUCUUUCGUCUUCCGCUCUCUCUCUCUCUCUCUCUCUGUAGCUCCAUUUUGUUUCAUCUCUUUCUCGCACUAGAUCGUGGGAUUGUGUAUUCGGAUCUGAUUCGGGGCUCGAAUUGGAACGAUUCGGAUCGCGGAGUGGAAGCCCCAAUGUUGGAGCUAGGGUUUUGGGGGGCGAUCUAGGGUUAGCAGCGGCGCGAAUUGACGAGUUUCGGCUGGGGAGUUCUAGGGUUGGGGAUUGAUGGUUCUCGCUGGGGACGGAGCUCGAAUUGGGGAAGAUGCAAGGCGAUUAUGCAUGGAAGGGAAGGUGAGAAUAGGAAGCGGAGUGGGCACAUGUGGUCGGUCCCCACGCGUGGCACCACUGCGACGAGGACUGUAGCCGCCGAUUCUGCUCUUGUUUCCUUAUCCAAGGACGGCCGAAAUAUCAGUGUUGGUGACUGUGCUCUUUUCAAACCACCACAGGAUUCCCCACCUUUUGUUGGAAUAAUCCGUAGCUUGAAAUUGAACAAAGAAAACGCUCUAGAGUUGUGUGUGAAUUGGCUAUACCGGCCUACAGAAGUGAAGCUUGGCAAGGGCAUCCCGUUGGAUGCCGCGCCAAACGAAGUCUUCUAUUCCUUUCAUAAGGAUGAAAUUCCUGCUGCUUCAUUACUCCAUCCGUGUAAAGUUGCAUUCCUUCCUAAAGGCGUUGAACUUCCUUCAGGGAUAUCAGCAUUUAUAUGCCGUCGAGUUUAUGACAUUGCAAAUAAGUGUUUAUGGUGGUUAACGGAUCAAGAUUAUAUUGAUGAGCGACAAGAAGAAGUAGACCAGCUGUUAAAUAAAACUCGAAUUCAGAUGCAUGCGACAGUGCAAUCGGGUGGCCGUUCUCCGAAACCAAUUAACGGUCCAACAUCACAGUUGAAACCUGGUUCAGAUAAUGUACAGAGUUCCACUUUCCCUUCUCAUGCUAAGGGGAAGAAAAGGGAGAGGGCUGAUCAUGGCUCUGAGCCUGUCAAAAAAGAACGUUCUGCUAAAAUGGAUGAUGGUGAUUCUAUUCAGUUAAAAUCAGAAAGCCUGAAAGCUGAGAUUUCUAAGAUAACAGAAAAGGGUGGUCUUGUAGAUUCAGCCGGAGUUGAGAAAUUGGUUCAACUUAUGCAGCCAGAUAGAUCUGAGAGGAAGAUGGAAGUGGUUAGCAGGUCAAUGCUUGCAGGAGUAAUAGCUACUACUGAAAAUUUUGAAUGCCUUAAUCGGUUUGUCCAUCUCAAGGGCUUACUUGUGUUAGAUGAAUGGCUUCAAGAUGUCCAUAAAGGGAAAAUUGGUGAUAGUAGUCCCAAGGAUGGUGAUAAAUCUGUAGAGGAUUUUCUCUUCGUUUUGCUUCGUGCUCUUGAUAAGCUUCCUGUGAAUCUUCAAGCCCUACAGAUGUGUAACAUUGGCAAAUCAGUGAACCAUUUACGUUCACAUAAAAAUUUUGAAAUUCAGAAGAGGGCAAGAAGUUUAGUUGACACAUGGAAGAGACGUGUUGAGGCUGAAAUUGAUGGUAUAGACGCAAAGUCUGGUGCAACCCAAGCUGUUUCAUGGCAAUCCAGGCCACGCCUUCCUGAAGUUUCUCAUGGUGGGAGCAGACAUCCUGGUGGAGCCUCUGAUAUUGCCAUAAAGAGCUCAGUUACACAGCUUUCUGCAUCAAAAGUUGCUUUAGUUAAACCUGUUCAGGGUGAGUUAACUUCCAAAUGCACUUCCUCUUCUCCAGGUUCAGUGAAAUCAGUGCUUUCACCUACUUCAGGCAAAGAUGGUCAACCAAGAAUGGUAGUUGGUGGGACCUCAGAUCUUCCUUCAUCUACUGGAAGGGAGGAGAGGAGCAGCAGCUCCAGUCAGUCUCACAACAACAGUCAAUCCUGUUCAAGUGAUCAUGCCAAGACCACUGUUUUCUCAGGAAAAGAAGAUGCAAGGAGUUCUACAGCAGGGUCAAUGAGUGUGAAUAAGACAUCUGGUAAUUCUUCUCGCAAUCGGAGGUCAGUCAAUGGGUUUCCUGGACCUGCUGCAUCUGGUGGUCAAAGGGAAACUGGGUCAAACAGAAGCUCUCCACUACACAGGAAUACACCUUCAGAGAAAAUUUCACAGUCUGGGCCAACCUCUGAAAAGGCUUUGGAUGUACCAUUUGUUGAGGGGAAUAGUCAUAAACUGAUUGUUAAGUUACCAAACAGAGGCAGGAGUCCUGCACAAAGUGCCAGUGGAGGAUCUUUUGACGACCAUUCUAUCAGGAACAGCAGAGGUUCUUCUCCUGUGCUUUCAGAGAAGGUUGAUAAAUUGGAUCGUAAUCCCAAGGAAAAAAGUUAUGCUAAUCGAGUUAAUACCUCCUCUGAUGUGAAUACAGAGUCAUGGCAAAGUAAUGAUUUCAAAGAUGUUUUGACUGGGUCUGAUGAAGGUGAUGGGUCACCUGAUGCUGUUCGUGAAGAAGCUCAAUGUAGGACUGGCGAAGAUGCUGGAAAGUUAGCUGAAGUCUCUAGAGCUGGUUCCUCAUCAUCAGGGAAUGAAUUGAAACCAGGAAAACUGCACAAGGCUUCUUUCAGCUCUAUAAAUGCCUUAAUUGAAAGCUGCGUGAAAUAUGCUGAUGCCAGCCCAUCUCUAUCAGCUGGAGAUGAUGUUGGAAUGAAUCUUCUUGCUAGUGUAGCAGCUGGAGAAAUGUCCAAGUCCGACUUGAUCUUGCCAACUGAUUCUCCAAAGAGAAAAGCCCCUGUCGUUGAGGAUAUGUGUAUUAUUGAUGAUGCCAAAUCAAAAUCGUCACAUGGGAAUAACCUUGCUCAAGAUCAAAGUGAGCCUACUGACACUGCUGCAGCUAAUACUGAGCAGGGUGGUACCGCAGUUACACCAUGGACUAGGGAUGGAUUAAAUCAUCUAGCUAAACAAGACUCUGGCGACUUAACUGGAAAUGGAAAAGCAACUUCUUCAACACCUGAACUGAUAUCAAAUGGAAGGGGUGAUGAACAUAACUCCUCGAAUUUGGAUUUGCAAUCAUCUAAAGAGCCAUGCCUGGAGAUUAAUGAAAUAUCAGAUCAACUUAAAGGUGCUGCUUAUUUGGGUGUCUCGCCAGUCAGUGCAGCAGAAAAAGUAUUGGAUGCUGAAGAAAGCACACAACCCGAUGAGAAAACUGCAAUCGCCACCAUUGCUAGUGUCGACAGCAUACAAGACAAUAAAACAAAGGGAAGCAGUUCUGUGUUAACAGGCAGUAAGGUAAAUGAAGAGCUUUCAAGUGUACAAGUUGAGAAGGCAGCUGAUGAAGGUUCAUUGUAUGACAAGGAGAACAAAGAUAAUUUGAAUGAAGGAUUUAGUGGUGGUGACCACAUGGAACAGAAGCCACCACCUCUAGGGAAAGUGGAGUCCGAGCAUUUGGAAAGAUGCAAUAAUGAACAGUUACGUCACUCUUCUACGAAAGAUUUGGGAAAUGUUGAUGAGCACAAUGGUGGAAAAGAUGAUGUAACAGACGUCACAAACUAUGGCAGGCAGUCUGGGAAACAAAAAGUAGAUCAGGGUAACAAUGUUGCUCUGGCUAAUGAAAAUCAGUUUUUAGACAAUGGUGAUUCAACCAUUGGUGAUCAGAAGAGGGAGGGUUUGGAAGUAAAUGUUGAAAGGAAAGAGGUUACUGAAUGCAAGUCUAGUAGUGUUGGUCCUCAAUAUAAUUUACCUUCAUCUCCUGGCCAUGAAGAGGAGCAGCAAAUGAGGUCAAGGGCAUCCAAGGCGAGUGCUCUUGAGGCAGAUGAAGCGGAGGAGAGUGCAUCAAUUACAGCAGAUGAUACUUCUUUUCCUGCUGCAGGGGUGUCAAAUGUGGAUGCAAAGCUUAAGUUUGAUUUGAAUGAAGGAUUUGUUGCAGAUGAUGGAAAAUAUGGGGAGUCUAUCAACUCAGGAGGCCCUGGAUGCUCAGCCUCUCUUCGUGUGGUUAACCCCUUUCCUUUUCCUGUUUCUUCACUUUCCAGUGGUCUUCCUGCUUCCAUUACUGUUGCUGCUGCUGCAAAAGGGCCUUUUGUUCCUCGGGAGGAUCUAUUGAGAAGUAAAGGAGAACUUGGUUGGAAGGGAUCUGCUGCUACUAGUGCAUUUCGUCCAGCUGAACCCAGGAAGCUUUUGGACAUACCACCAGGUACAACUAAUAUCCCAAGUGCUGAUGCUACUGCAGGCAAACAUGGUCGCCCUCUGUUGGAUUUUGACCUGAAUGUACCAGAUGAAAGAAUUGUUGAGGACAUGGCUUCUCAAAACUCUGUUCAGGACAUAGUUUCUAUGUCGGACCGUGUCACUAACUUGGCACAAAAUAAGAUUGGUUCUACACCUAUUCGGAGUUCUGGAUUUCUUGAUCUUGAUUUGAACCGAGUUGAUGAAGCUAGUGAUACUGGGCCAUACUUAACAAGUAGCAGUGGUAGAGUGGAGGCUUCGCUUCUGCCAGUUAAGGCAACACCAACAAGUGGGUUUCCUGAUCCUGAGGUAAGGAGGGAUUUUGACCUGAACAAUGGCCCUGUUCUUGAUGAAGUAACUGCUGAACCACUGCUGUUUGGCCAGCACGUCCCCACCAUCCCCACCAGCAUGCUGUUCCAGCCUCCUGCUGCUGGCCAUAGAAUGAACAAUGCAGAAAUGGGGACUUUCUCAUCAUGGUUUACAAAUCCAAAUGCUUAUCCAGCGGUUACGAUUCCAUCAAUCUUGUCUGAUAGAGGGGAGCAGCCUUUUGCUGUUGCUACAGCAGGUGGGCCUCCCAGGACACUGAGGCCUGCUAAUGGGGGGCCACUAUUUGCUUCAGAUGUUUACCGUGGUUCAGUGUUGUCAUCUUCUCCUGCUAUAUCUUUCCAAUCAACUCCCUUCCAGUAUCCUGUGUUUCCUUAUGGGGCUACUUUGCCUGUGCCAUCAGCUGCUUUCUCGGGUGGGUCUACAACCUAUAUGGAUCCUGCAUCUGGUGGGAGACUUUGCUUCCCUCCUGCCAAUUCACAGCUUAUAGGCCCUGCUACUAUAAUGUCCCCUACUCAGUACCCCAGGCCAUCAUAUGUUGUUAGCCUUCCAGAUGGUAGCAGCAGUAUUAGUAUCGACAACAAUAGAAAAUGGGGUAAGAAGGGUGGUCUUGACCUCAAUGCCGGUCCUGGAAGCCUGGAAAUAGAAGGCAGAGAUGAAACAUCACCUCUUGCGUCAAGGCAACUUCCUGUUGCUAGUUCACAGGCAUUAGUGGAGGAGCAAGCAAGGAUGUAUCAGCAGGUUGCUGGUAUUGUUCCAAAGAGGAAGGAGCCUGAGGGGGGCUGGGAUACUGAGAGCUUUAGGUACAGGCAACCUUCAUGGCAGUAAGGACACCUUCUGGACAGUCUGGCAACUUGUUCAAGGCUUCAAGACCUGUUAGUUGGGGGCGGCCAAUGGUAAAUCCUGGAAUUCGUGUCGUCUACCUAUCGCAAUCAAAGAGAGUAUAUUUACCAUCCCGGGGGUCUGCAAGCUCUAAAUUUUCGGGUCCGGGAGGCUGUAGACAUUUCUCCUUUGUAGAUAAUGUUAACUUCUGGACAACAUGCUACACCCGGCGUUUGCCCUAAACGAGUUGGAGGUACUUGAGAAUGUCCCGGUGUCCUUAUAUGUCGGUUUCGACCCCAAUUCUUCUGGCUGGGAAGAUUGGGUUGGUUUUCUGAAAACUGCAAACGAAAUGAACGACCGGAAUGGUUGUGUAGUGCUGUAAUUAUCAUCUUCUUUUUUUUUUAACUUCUUCUUGGCCUUUUGAUCAUUAUCUCAUCCAUCAUAUACACCCAUAAGAUAAGCAGGAGGUUGGUUAGCAGCUGAAUUUUGGCAACUUUGAGCUUUUUGCUUUUUCUAGAUCUACCCAUCAUAUGAAUGAAUUAUAUUAGUAUCU